AUGAUGUUUGGGUCGGGCGGCGGCAGUCAACUGCGCAAGCGUCCGACGUUAACAGCAGUUGGGACUCGGCGUGCGCGUGUCUUCCAUCUCUUCGUCGCCAUCAGCCAGUGGGCCGGGCCACUAUGCCUGCAGGAGGUGGACGAGCUGCCCCAGCGUGCCCUAUGGGUCAACUAUGGCGGGGUGAUGGUGGACGAGCUGGGCAAAGUGCUAACGCCCACCCAGGUUAUGAAUAGGCCCAGCAGCAUUUCAUGGGAUGGCCUUGAUCCUGGGAAACUCUACACCCUGGUCUUCACUGACCCGGAUGCUCCCAGCAGGAAGAACCCCAAAUCCAGGGAAUGGCACCACUUCCUGGUGGUCAACAUGAAGGGCAAUGACAUUAGCAGUGGCACUGUCCUCUCCGAUUACGUGGGAUCCGGGCCUCCCAGUGGCACAGGUCUCCACUGCUACGUCUGGCUGGUGUACGAGCCUCUGAGCUGUGCUGAGCCCAUCCUCAGCAACAAGUCUGGAGACAACCGUGCCAAGUUCAAGGUGGAGUCCUUCCCCAAGAAAUACAAACUGGGAGCCCCGGUGUCCGGCACGUGUUACCAAGCAGAGUGGGAUGACUAUGUGCCCAAACUGUACGAGCAGCUGGAAGGGAAGUAGGGGCCUGUGAAGGGCAGCAGUCCCGAGCCCCCACAGUGUUAAGUUGUGUAAAGCAUGCCUUUUCUCCAUUGUCCUUCCUGCCCUCUCAUAGGGAGUUCUCAGCUGUGCUAGGUUAGAGGUUUAGGGUGUCUUCCCACUGCCCGAGUUACGAUCUUGCAUAGUCACAUGCCAGUUUAUGUUUGAUUGAAUUUAGGUUCCAUCUGGGGAGGUGUCUGAUGUUCUGAUGGAGUCAUUCUAUCAUUGAUUUAAAAAGAGCAACUCUGAAAAAGGAAACAUUCUGCUAGGAUCAGGUCCAC